AUGUUUCGUUCUUUAGUAUUAUUCUGUCUUGUUCCUCUUAUAUUAACUGCAGAUACUGAUGAUAUCGUUCAAGACGGUUUUUGUCAAGGUGCUGGGAAAAAUUUUGAAAUCUUUGGUUUGCAAUUGUUUCGUGAAUUAUCAAAAACAACAAAAGAAAAUAUCUUCAUAUCACCAGCAAGUAUAUCAAUGGCAUUAUCAAUGGCUACGUUGGGUGCUUCACAACGAACAUUAAGCCAAUUAUUACAAGUAUUAAAUGUAACAUCGAUUGAUGAUAUAAAUUGUAGAUCAGCAUCAAUAUUAUCAACAACAGCAAGAAUGGCUGAUGAUAAAAUAAUACAAAUACAUUUAGCCAAUCGAAUAUAUAUUGAAGAACAAUUCCAUCUACGAGAAGAGUUUAUUGAACGAUUGGAGCAAAUUUAUUUAACAACAAUUAAAUCAGUUCGUUUUAGUAGUAAAACACAAACUAUUAAUGAAGUUAAUCACUGGAUUGAAGAACAAACCAAUAAACUGAUUAAGAAUAUGUUAAACGAACGGACUAUUGAUCCAGAUACGGUUAUGCUUAUCAUUAAUUGUAUCUAUUUCAAAGGUAAGACACUUUACCGGGCUAUUUUCAGCGAGAGAUACCGAUGUUUAAGAUUUUGAAAACAUCGAAUUGUUUUGGUGGUUUUCAAACUAGUCGUUUGAACUAAAAAGAUUUUCUUCACUAUCAAUUUUCUGCCUACACAACAAGAUCUGGGUAAAAUUGCUUAAAAUAACGUUUCAUCACACAGUCGACACGGACGAGGGCUUAUAGGAAGCCAAAUCGACUCGCUUGGCCUUCUGUCAUCUUUAUUCAGCAGCAUUGAUAGAAAAUUCAUGUUUUGAAACAUUUUUCAGUUAAAAACCGAAUAAGAGUUUGGCGUCACAAGACGUAAUUGAGUAUAUGCAUCCUGAUAAUUAGCGAUGGAGAAAAGCGAGUGAGUCCAUUUGGCUUCUUAUGAGCCCCGCGCUUGGAAGAAUAAUUAGGACGGUAAUCAAUGGAAAUGUACAACUCAUAGCUACCGAUUGUGAUUGCAUUUACAGUCACAAAAUUUAAUAAUGUCUGUUAAUUAGUCGCAGGAGUUUCAGGUACGCUCUAAAAGAAAUCACAAAUAAAAGCUUAAAUAUUUGAAAAAUGAAUCAAUUACACCGUUACAGCGAUGAAUUAAGACUUUCUAGGAAGAGGUAAUGGCAAGUUUAGGAGUUUAGUAAAGGAAUUUUAAGAGCUUAUCACCGGUAUGAGUGCGGGAUAGUGAUAAGGCCAGAUGGUUAAUA